UUUGUUUGACAGUCCUUGAAAGCAGCACGUCGCCUUCCCACGCUGCACAGACUAAGGAGGUUCGUUUGGUCCAGCACUUCUAGAUUCUUCAUCAAGAAGAAGACUACGCCCUAUUUUGUGCACCUCAUUCGGUGUUCGGUCCCAAAGCUGACAUCGUGUGGCCGUGCUGAGCCCGGAGGUUUGAUGACGUCACUGACGUUCGAUGGCCAGUGGCAAUGUUGUUAUUCGACUGAGAUUUGACUUGAAGGCUGCCGUUGUGAGGCUUUAUCUGUCGGGAUGCAUUAUCGCUUCCCAAGCGAUGCAAACUCUUGCUAAACCAUCUUUUAGCGGGAGUUGCGGACUUUGAACCUUUCAUCAAACUUUGCCCCUGAAACGGAACAUUCAAAGUAAGUCGGUCCCGGAAUGUGAGCGGCUGCUCCAAAAUGCUUUUAGUCGGUUCCAGCAUGAGCGUCUUGAAGGACAGUCGUGGCCGUAAACCAGGACGUUGACGCAAUCCUGACCUGUGCAACGUUAGAAAGGCGGAAGGAAUUGGGGGAACAUCAGCCGCCCUCUGUGGUGGCCCCCACUGCAUUCCUGGUAUCAGACAUAACACCUUCAUUAGUGCAGGUAGCACCUCCUUCCGUGUCUUCACUUCCGGCAGAGGCCCCCAUGUGCACCCAUUGCCCGAGGGGUGAAAGGUCAAGCUCCAGAGAAAAAAGGCCAAUGUUUCCACGUGCCACGUGCGCACGUGAGCCUUCUAACAGAACUCCGCCCCUGGCUUGUCAGUCUGUUGUGGCUCACAAUCACACCACUCCUAAGCCCGCCUUCACCCCCCAUCCCUCCCCGACCACGGGGCCCCCCCGACCCCUUUGGUCCCACCCACCCGGUGGACCACAUUGAAAUGGGUGGGAAGUUGUUGCCAAACAGCUUUGGUCUGUCGUGGAGCCGACUGCUGCAUCCGAGGCCAUGGGAUCCCUUCACACGCUGGCGGCGCUUCUAAUCUGCUCCCUGGUUCCCACACAUGCGAUGACAACAUGCGGAAGCGAGCAGUUCCCGUGCGGGAAUGGGCGAUGCAUCACGCCGCGGUGGGUGUGUGACGGCACCGAUGACUGUGGCGACGGCACAGACGAACUUCUUGCUACUUGCUUGGCCAAAACAUGUCGGCCAACAGAAUUCGGUUGCAGCGACCGCCUUCACCAGUGCAUACCAAGCACGUGGCGCUGUGACGGCCGGGCCGACUGUGCCAAUGGAGCUGAUGAAGAGAGCUGUGGACCCAAGCAGUGCACAGACUCAGAGUUCCGCUGCACAAACAACCAGUGCGUGUCUUCGUCGUUUGUGUGCGACGAUGAAGAAGACUGCGAUGACGGCAGCGACGAGGCCUCCUGCCCGGCGGCUACGUGUAGCGCUACUUCUUUUCAGUGCAACAACAGCGUGUGCCUUCCCCGCCUAUGGGCUUGCGACGGAGAUGCCGACUGCCCGGACGGCUCGGACGAGUGGCCCCAGAACUGCGGCACGGCCACGCCUACCUCUGCUCCAACUCGCCGCUGCUCCGCCCUGGAAUUCCGCUGCGGUAGCGGGGAAUGCAUUCACGGAAACUGGAGGUGCGACGGAGGAGCCGAUUGUCUGGAUGGAUCGGAUGAAGCCGGCUGCGCGCAUCCCACCUGCCGUCCUGAUGAGUUUCAAUGCGAUGACGGCGCUUGCAUUCAUGGAAGCCACCAAUGCGAUCAUCAUUACCACUGCAGGGACAUGAGUGAUGAAAUAGGCUGCGUCAACGCCACCCGAUGCGUGGGUCCAACCUGGUUUAAGUGUAACAGCGGUGAAUGCGUCAGCAUGGACAGGGUGUGCAACGGCCAGCGCGACUGCAGGGAUUGGUCAGAUGAGCCUCUGAGGGAAUGCGCGUUCAACGAGUGCUUGUUGGACAACGGAGGCUGCUCUCACGUCUGCAAUGAUCUUAAGAUCGGGUUCGAGUGUCUGUGUCCUUCGGGAUAUCAUCUGGUCAACAAAAAUCAGUGCGAAGAUAUCGACGAGUGCGCCCGCCAGGACACGUGCAGCCAGAUCUGCAUUAACCACGUAGGAAGCUACAAAUGCGAGUGUGAGGAAGGUUACCAGGUCGACCCUUCAACCAAAGCCUGCAAGGUGAUAGGUACAAUCGCCUACCUUUUCUUCACCAACCGACAUGAAGUGAGAAAAAUGACUUUGGACAAGAGCGAGUACGCUCGUGUUAUCCCGCGUCUGAAGAACGUUGUGGCUCUGGACAUGAACAUGGCCACCAAAGACAUCUACUGGUCAGAUAUCUCCCAAAAGAAGAUCUACAGAGCUCAAAUGGAUUCAGCCGAGGACUCGAGCCGUCACACCAUAGUGGUCGGCGAAGACCUCGACGCUCCUGAGGGCAUCGCCUUCGACUGGAUCCACGGCAACCUCUACUGGACCGAUAGCGUUCGCUGCACCGUGUCUGUGGUGACGGCUGAUGGGAGCCGGCGGAAGACUUUGUUCCACCAAGGUUUAUCUAAACCUCGAGCUAUCGUGGUGGACCCCUAUAGGAACUUUGCUUACUGGACUGACUGGGGGAAUCCCGCUAAGAUCGAAAAGGGGGGUCUGAACGGAGGGGACCGCACCGCUUUGGUCACUGACGACAUUGUUUGGCCCAAUGGAAUCACCCUCGACCUGCUCAACCAGCGGCUGUACUGGGUGGACUCCAAGCUGCACACCCUCUCCAGUAUUGAUGUGCACGGUGGGGGGCGGCGCACCCUCAUCAUUGACGAACACAAGUUGAGCCAUCCGCUGGGACUUGCUGUGUUUGAGGAACGGGUCUUUUGGACGGACGUCAGUAGCAAUGCCAUCCUAAGCGCUAACAGGCUGACCGGUGCGGACAUCGCUCCCGUGGCCGAGCACCUGUCAUCGCCAGAAGACAUCAUUCUUUACCACAGCGUCAAACAGCCGGCCGGUAGAAACUGGUGUCAGUUGUCCAACGGUGGCUGUGAAUUCUUGUGCCUGGCUGCCCCUCAAGUGGGCAGACACCCACCAAAGUACACCUGCGUCUGUCCGGAUGACAUGGUGCUGGCCGGUGAUAUGAGGGCAUGCAUGCAGGCUCCAACCACCAACCAAGCCGUCGUCACCACAAACACACCCAAGGCCCAGAUCAGCACCUCCGCUGCUCCCAUUGCUAGCAUUGCUAGCAGCAGACCCGUGGGCAAGCCUGUGCCGAGCACUAAAAGGCCUCCAGUUAGAACCACUACACCUGAACCCCAGCCGGUGCAGCCCAAAGCCCCAAGGACAACCACGGAAACCCCCGUCACUUCUCAAGACAUUGGCCAUGGCGUUCAUGCAGUGAUACCCCAAGCAGCCUCCAGCACCCCAACUGCUUUGUACAUCGUCCUACCUCUGGCCAUCGUGUGCAUGUUGGCUUUCGGUGGCAUGCUGCUAUGGAAGAGCUACAAGCUGAAGAACACCAACACCAUCCACUUUGACAACCCUGUGUAUCAAAAGACCACAGAGGACCAGGUCCACAUUUGGAGGAGUCACGGCCAUGAUGGAUAUUCCUACCCAAAGAAGCAAGUUGUGAGCCUGGAUGAAGAGGCAGACAAUCCCACUUUCAGCCAAAACUGAGCAAGGAGCCAAAGACCAAGCCAAAUGGAAGUUGGCACAAAGAACGGAUUCAAGGUUUUACCGCUCCACCCUCACUCACGACAAAAGCACUACGACGUCCUGCUUCAAGUCAUUUCGCUUAUUUUCAUUUUCCUUGUUUUUCCACCCUUGAAAACUCGCCACCUCCAACGUCCGUUAGCAACGUUAGCCGUAAAUAUUCUUCCAACAUGACUGCUAAAGAGAAGACUUCCUUCCUUCUCAUCAUUUGGACUUUUGAUGUCAUACUACGGACUUCCUAUGUCAGCAUUAUGGAAACAGGCCUACAUCGCAUACGGGCCUUUAUAGGACCAAAGUCCAAAUCCAAUGGUUCCCCAGUAGAAAUGGGGGCGAGCACCCCUCUACACGUUUGUCUUGAAUACAAUUAGCGGUUUAAAGCUAGCCUCCAAUAUUUGCCCCCUUCACAUUUAACUCUGAAAUCCAUGCAAGUUUUGCACUUUAUGCUAAAAGUGACCACUUGAAAUGUAACAAUAGCCCCCACAAAGCAGGCCGAGUCUCCUUUUGCUGGGGUGUACAGCGUGCAGCCUGAGGGCCGUUUGUGGCACAUUAGAAACAAAACAAAAAUUGGUCAUUUACGUCCACGUGCCCCUUUGAAGCAACUGUGAAUACUGCAUGUACAGUAGUCGUAUAUUUCCAGCCUCCAUAGGAGGAGAGCCUGCCUUAGCGCAGCAUUCCUGGCAGGAGAGAAACAUGGGCCUCAUCCCAACUCUUUGGGAGCUCCUGGUUUGUUUGUUUUUACAAUGUAAUUCAACUCUGGUGCCUCUUUUUUGUCCUCAAAUGUUCAUGUUGGUGCUAUUGAACAGAACAGGAUGUCAAAUGGACUUGAUCCGGGUGAAGAGAUCCGGGUGAGAUGUCCAGUGUUCUUUAGGUCUUUCUGGAAGAAAAAUGCCAGCGAAGAUGGACGUACGGAGGCUUUCUUUGGUUUGGUGCAGGUCAUGUGUCUGUAAAUAGGAUGUUGAUGAAUGUAAAUAUUUGAUAGCUGUGCUGUAGGCUUUGUUGUUGUUCAACCUGGGCUGUACAUAAAUAAAUGCUUGUAUUUAUUAUUGAUCCA